AUGCCGCAAUCAUACACGCUACAGGAAGUCGGUCAGCACAACACCAGCAGGGAUGCACGUAGCUCGUGCUGGGUUAUUAUCAGCAACCGCGUGUACGACGUGACCGACUUCCUCCCUGAGCACCCAGGAGGUGCAAAAAUCAUCCUUAAAUAUGCUGGACGCGACGCGACUGCUGCAUACGAGCCCAUCCACCCUCCAGACGCUCUCGAUAAGAAUCUCCCUCCCCACAAACAUCUCGGUCUCCUCGACUCGUCUGGUGCGCAGAAGCUGCAGGAGGAACGAGAGACACGCCAAAAGACGAAGGACGAGAUUCGCGUAGAGCAGGCGCAGGCAAGGAAAACGCGUAUUAACCAGAUUCUGAGCUUGCGUGAUAUGGAGGACGUCGCGCUCAAGGUUUUGUCGCACAAAGCCAUGGCGUACUACUCGUCUGCUGCUGACGAUGAAAUUACUAACACGGAGAACGCACGCGCAUUCUCCCGAUUCUUUUUCCAUCCCCGCGUCCUGCGGCCAAUAUCCCAAGUUGAUCCUUCCACAAGCAUCCUCGGUAUCAAAUCCCCCAUACCCAUAUUCGUAAGUGGCGCUGCCCUUGCCAAGCUGGGUCACCCACUGGGUGAGAUCAACAUCACCCGCGGAGCCGGCCGCACGAACAUCAUCCAGAUGGUGUCCUCCAAUGCCUCGCUGUCUCCUUCGCAGAUCGCCGCCGGCCGUCUCUCGCCUUCCCAGCCGCUCUUCUUCCAGUUGUAUAAAAACAAAGAUAAUGCAAUUGCGGCUCAACGCGUGCGCGAGGUAGAGGAGCUUGGUUACAGAGCUAUAUUUUUGACCGUCGAUGCUCCUGUCUCCGGAAACCGCGAGCGAGAUAUCCGCGCACCGUUCGUACUCGAGGCGCAGGAGCGCGAGGCAGAAGCGAUAUCACGGCAGCCGGACGAUGUCGAGAAGGAAGUUGAAGGCCAGGUCAAUUUUUAUGGUACUGCAGGAGCGUUGCUACAGCACAUGGAUCUGGAUAUGACAUUCUCCGAGGCGCGUGAUGUUAUCACUAGAAAACUAUGGGAUCAUGCGAUUUACACGAUUCUCGGACAGACUAUCCCCUGGCUACGAAAGGUCACGAAGCUUCCAAUCGUACUCAAAGGUAUACAGUGUGUUGCUGAUGCAGUGCUCGCAGCAGAGGCGGGCGUUGACGGCAUCUUGUUGUCGAAUCAUGGAGGCAAGCCCUGCUGUCGCCAGCUAGAAUAUUCAUUGCCUCCUCUCGAGGUUUUGUACAAGAUUCGUCAACAGCGACCGGAUGUCUUCGACAAACUAGAAGUUUAUAUCGACGGCGGUGUGCGUCGAGGAACAGAUGUCCUCAAGGCUGUAUGUCUCGGAGCUAAAGCUGUUGGUCUAGGUCGGCCAUUCUUGUACGCCCAAAGCGCCUACGGUGAAGCUGGCGUCAUCCAGGCGGUGCGUAUCCUGCAACGUGAGAUCGUCCUGGGCAUGCGACUUAUGGGAGCUACAAAUGUGAAUGAGCUUGUGCCGGAGAUGGUGGAGAGGGUGAACUGGCAACCAUUGCUUGCCAAGAUGUGA